AUGAGCUUUGGCUUCGGUGUUGGCGACUUCAUUGCGGUCCUUGAGCUCGUCAACAAGGUCCGCAAAGAUUUUCGGAGUGCUCCGAGCCAGUUCGAAGACAUAUCCAAGGAAGUUAGAAGUCUCUCGAUCGUCCUAUCCGAUGUCGAAGUCACUGCUUCCGAGACCGAACUCGAUGCAUACCAGCGGUCAGACCUACAGCAUCUCGUUAGUAGCUGUCAGGAUGUGCUUGAGACCUUGGAAGAGACGCUGGACAAGUACAGGGAUUUGCAUUCGGGUAAUGGAAAGUUGAGAAGCCGGCGUCUCAAGACCCUCGAUUGGCUCACGCCGCUUGACUACGCCGCUCAACAGCAAGACUUUAUUAGUCGACGGCAACCAGGAACUGGAAAGUGGCUCUUGGAAUCGAAAGAGUACCAAAGUUGGCUGACGACUGUCGGCAAUACGCUAUUCUGUCCGGGCAUGCCAGGCGCUGGAAAGACAAUCCUGACCUCGACCGUCGUUGAAGAUCUCACAGCAAAAUUUCUUGGCGAUACCAACACUGCUGUUGCAUACAUCUACUUCAACUUCCGCAGGAAAGAUGACCAAAAGCUUAACAACUUGCUGGCGUCCAUCUUGAGGCAGUGUAUCCAACAUCUGAAUCGGCUACCGGACAGCGUCAGCGCUCUCGAGGGCCAGUGUAAGGGAAGCAGCAGGCGGCCAUCACUUGACGAACUUUUAGCAACGCUGCAGUCCGUAUCUGCUGGAUGCUCACGUCUCUUCAUUGUCGUCGACGCACUUGAUGAAUGUCAAGCUUCGGAUGGCUGCCGAGCCAGUCUUCUCUCAGAGCUGUUCAAACUCCGGGCCAGGUGUGGCGUGAACAUCUUUGCUACAUCAAGAUUUAUACCCGAUAUUGUUGACACAUUUGAAAAUGGAACAACAUUGGAGAUACGGGCAAGCAGUGAAGAUGUCGAGAGAUACGUGAAAGGACGUAUGGAGCAUCUCCAACCCUUUGUCCGCCGGAACAAGCAGUUACAAGAGGAGAUCAAGGUCGGAAUAUCAGCAGCAGUGGAUGGAAUGUUUCUUCUGGCGCAGAUCUUUCUUGACUCACUUGAUGACAAACUGACACCCAAGGGCAUCAGAAACGGCCUGAAGGACCUCCGCAAGCAAAUUCAAGGACCAGGGGAAGCUGGUCAAGCCCAAGCGCUGGACUAUGCAUACGAGCAGGCCUUGGAGAGAAUCAACAGUCAAAAGCCAGGCUUGAGGAAUAUUGCACUCCAGGUUCUGGCAUGGAUUACCUGCGCGAAACGACCACUUACUCAACUGGAGCUCCAGCACGCGCUCGCAGUGGAGCCCGAUACUACUCAAUUCGACGAAGAGAAUCUCCCAGACAUUCAAGGAAUGGUUUCGGCCUGCUGUGGAUUGGUCACGAUCGAAAACGAGAGCAGCAUCAUCCGGUUGGUCCACUACACCACACAGGAAUACUUUGAACGGACACAGAGAACGUGGUUUCCAGAGGCUGAUGCAGAGAUUACAAAAACUUGUCUCACAUACCUUUCAUUCGACGUUUUUGAGGCUGGGGCUCUCUAUGGGGACGAGGAGCUCAUCGAACGUCUGCGCUCAAAUCCUCUCUAUGACUACGCCACGCAGCACUGGGGCCACCAUGCUCGCAAGGCUCCCACUCUGACAGAGAAAAUCAUAGAGUUUCUCGAAAGCGGCCGGAAAGUUGAGGCUGCAGGCCAGGCGUUGCUGUGCUCGACACGCUAUGAACCGGGCUCCGGUACUGGCGGCGGUACGGACCCAGAUGGCGCGACAGGAUUACACCUGGCAGCGUACUUUGACCUUGACACUGUCAUGAGGUCGCUGCUUGAGUCAGGCAGUAUAGAUCCAAACUCAGCGGCUAGCUUCAAGUGGCAUGGAGACAUGACGGCGUUGUCGUACGCCGCCCAAAUGGGCCACGUAGCCAUCGUCAAAUUGCUUCUAGAGAAAGACAGCGUCGACCCCGACUCCAAGAAUGCUGCCCAGAGGAAUUGGGGCAGAACUCCGCUGUCAUAUGCUGCUGAGAAUGGACAUGAGUCAAUCGUUGAGCUACUUAUCAACACUGGUCGAGUCAACAUCAACGCUGUAGAUGAGAUAGGGUCUUUCGACUUGUUCACGUGGCCUGGUGACGGAUUGACGCCUCUGUGCGCGGCUGCGGAGAAUGGCCAUCUUGGUGCUGUCAAGAUAUUGCUUGCUAACGGAGCCGAUCCUGCAUAUAAGCAUAGCUAUUGGGAACACGGCGAAGACACUGAAACACCACUAGCCCGGGCUACCAAAAGUGGACACGAAGCUAUCGCCAAGUUGCUGCUCGACAGAAUCAAGUCUAACGCCGAGUCGGAGAAAUAA